CCCACCGGCAGGGGGUGCCGGUUGGCGGCGCUCCGCCGGGCCGGCAGGGGGCGUGGCGGCGGAAGCGGCAGCGGCGGGGCCGGGCUGGGCUCCGUUGCGCCGGGCUCCGUGGUGCCGCCACAGGCCUCCCCGGCGCGGGCGGCGGCGGCAGCAUGUCGGUGGCGGGGCUCAAGAAGCAGUUCUACAAGGCGAGCCAGCUGGUCAGUGAGAAGGUCGGAGGGGCUGAAGGGACCAAGCUCGACGAUGACUUCAAGGAAAUGGAAAAGAAAGUGGACCUGACCAGCAAGGCAGUUACAGAAGUAUUGACCAGAACAAUAGAGUACCUCCAGCCAAACCCAGCUUCCAGGGCCAAGCUGACCAUGCUGAACACCAUGUCCAAGAUCCGCGGGCAGGUGAAGAACCCCGGUUACCCGCAGUCGGAGGGGCUGCUGGGCGAGAGCAUGAUCCGCUACGGGAAGGAGCUGGGCGAGGACUCCAACUUCGGCGACGCGCUGCUGGAUGCUGGCGAAUCCAUGAAGCGGUUGGCUGAGGUGAAGGACUCGCUGGAUAUUGAAGUCAAACAGAAUUUUAUUGAUCCCCUCCAGAACCUGUGUGACAAAGACCUGAAAGAGAUCCAGCACCAUCUCAAGAAGCUGGAAGGCAGACGCUUGGACUUUGACUACAAGAAGAAGCGACAGGGCAAAAUCCCCGAUGAGGAACUUCGACAGGCCAUGGAGAAGUUUGAAGAGUCCAAGGAAGUAGCAGAGACCAGUAUGCACAACCUUCUAGAAACUGAUAUCGAGCAGGUGAGCCAGCUCUCAGCCCUGGUGGACGCUCAGCUGGACUAUCACCGGCAGGCAGUGCAGAUCCUGGACGAGCUCGCCGAGAAGCUCAAGCGCAGGAUGAGGGAGGCCUCCUCGCGUCCCAAGCGGGAAUACAAGCCCAAACCCAGGGAGACAUAUGACUUCGGAGACACCGACCAAUCUAACGGGGGCUUCUCUUGCAAUCCCACCCCCAAAGUCUCAGCAGCUUCCUCCUCUUUCCGAUCCAACAAGCCGUCCCGGGCCUCCGUCAGGAGUAUCCCCCCCCUGGACCAGCCCUGCUGCAAGGCUCUGUACGACUUCGAGCCCGAGAACGACGGCGAGCUGGGCUUCAAGGAAGGAGACAUCAUCACCCUGACCAACCAGAUCGACGAGAACUGGUACGAGGGCAUGAUCAACGGCCAGUCCGGCUUCUUCCCCCUCAACUACGUGGAGGUGCUGGUGCCGCUACCUCAGUGAAAGGCGCCGGCGCUCCCGGCCCGCUCCACGGAGCCUCCAUUCCACCUCCAUCCCGGCUGCGGCGGCACCGCGCGGUGACACUGCCACCAGGGAACAAGCCAGAAGGGUCAGACCCCCUCCCCUUACCCCCUCCCUGGAUUUGGUUAUCUUAGGUCUUGGGUUUAUUGUCCUUCUGGUGCUUGAACUUCGGUACUUUGCGCGUCCUGCCACGUCCCCCCCGGCUGUACGAUUGGCGCAGGCCUCCCCCCGUCCUCCUCCUGUCUUUCCUUUGGGUCACGCGUCCGGAUGAGCCGGGUGGGAGAGCCGGGAUGCAGCCUCCUCCUUCAGCAUCGGCACCGAGAGACGCGCGGCCCAGUGCUGGGGGGGAGCAAGACCUUCACCCCCUCCCCACUGAACACUACCCCUCUCCCCACGGAUGCCCAGCACCCGCGUAGGAGCCCGGCUCUCCCUGGGGCUCAGGGGAGGGAUACCGGGGCACAGCAACACUACAGCACCCAUCAGACACUAAACCAGCCCCGUGGGGCUCUGUGCCAUCCCUGCCACCCCAACGGGGCAGAGCAGGGAUCCCUCUGCCCCCUCCCCGCGGUCCUUGGCUCCCAAGCGCAUGCCUGCUCCCUUCUGCCCUUGAUUUUAAGGAUUUUAAAGCCAAGUUGCUUCUGGAUCUUUGGCUUUUGCUAUUGGGAUGAUGCGGGGAGGGAGCUUUGGGGCAGAUCGUGGCUCCUGUCCCUCGCAGGUGCUUCUUCCCCCGGGAGCCAUCAGCACCCAUGGGUGCUGCAGGACCAGAGCUCAGCUGAUCCUCACGUGCCUUUCCUGAACCCCCCCCAUUCUCUACUCCCCAAAACCCUCCAUAUGGGGGGCAACGAGCCCCUUGGCCACUGGGCUUGGCGGGAGGAGGGACCGUACAUCCCGGUGCUGCUCCUGCCACCCCAUAGCCCCGGGUUCCUUGUUGUGGGGGGCAGGAUGGGGCCUGGUGGCGCUCCCCCCAUCUCAACUCCUGCUUUUCCUUGCUACGAGUGGUCUGUUCCCCCCUUCCUGCGGGCCGGGCUCCGGCGCCUCUCCUCGGCUGCCACCGUCCCUGCUUGGCUGGGGACCAAGCUCCGCAGCAGGCCCUGUCCCCGCUGCUCCCAUCCCACAGCCCCUGCUCCUGGUGUGAACCUGCAUGUCCAUGUCCGUGUGCUCCCGCCGUGCCGGGCUGAGCAGUGACCCCAUCCCAGAAAUGGGGCGGGGGGGGCACGGGGCAGCUCCAGCAGCACAGGGAGAACAGGGGCCCGGUGUCCUCGGGGGUCCUCCCCUUGGUCCCCCCGCUGUGGGUCCUGCUCAGGUGGAUUGAGAUGCGUUUUGGGACAACUUGCUACACCUUUUUCUUCUGUGGUUUUUUGUAAGGGUUUCUCCUGGUUUCUAGGGGAAAAAACAAAAUGACCCCCCCUCCACCCCCCCCCCGAAGCUCGACUUGUAUCUGAAUGGAAGUAUUAAAUGUCUUCUUCUUUCUAA